GGCGGCGGUAGUGUGUGGUGGUGUGGUGAGGACGUCUCUCCCUCACAGACAUAAUACGAAGCGGGAGGAAAGCCAUGACAGUCAUACACAAGACUGUCAAUCUAGGACUUAAAAGUUUAGAAAUCAAAGGUGUUUAUCAAAACAAAAUCUAACUUGUGACUUACCCUCCUCAUCUGUAAAGUGGCAUCGUCAGGAUUUCCCUAACAGGUGUGAGGCGCCAUGCGUCUGGUGCGGCGGCGGGGGUUGGCGUGGCGGGAGGCGGCGAAGGCGGCGGCCGCCAGGACCCGCCCUCAGACCCCCACUGACCGCUGGGCCAACCUCAUGCAGCAGUUACAGGCCCCUCGCCCGUGCGACCACCCCACCUGCAGGGGAGGACACCUGCCUGGGGAGAACCACAACAUUCCCACCAUCAGGAGGGAGUCGCGAGCGGUGGUUGAGGAGCGGAAAGCGAGGCAAGAAGAGGAAUUCCGGGGAUUUACAAAGAAGCUCUUGGUGCUCCUGGCGAUACUUCUGGCCGCCCUCACUGCCCUCGUGCUGUACACACUGCUCUCCUCUCCUAACCUCCUUCCAGCCUCUGCCUACGACUAUAAUCCUGACGAAGACUUGGACGAAGACACCUAACUAUUGUUUGCCACCAGGAACAGUUCUCUCCCACUCGGAGACGAAGCAACAUCAGUGCCAUCUGGUGGCGGCCGUAGCACGCCAACGAUGUUCAUAAAAAUGCCUGAUGGAAUGUGCGAACAAAACAUUGCGAAAACAGAACAUUGGGCUUCUUUUUAUAUAUGUUGUUGGGCAAUGAAUCAAUAUAUCAAAACCAGAACACUCAGUAACACUCAUGAACGCCAAACUGAUUCGCCUUGCCCUUGGGAGUUACGGUCAUGGUCAUUAGUGGAAUAAUCUGACGCGCUCACCUCCACAGUGCUGCAUUUCCCCUCAAGUCCCUCUAACAAGCCAGAAGUUACUAAAUUUUAUAAGAAGUCAGAUCUGAAGACUCGGAACACGGUAUAAACGCCUAAUACAGUGGAGGGGAGCGCAGCGGGUUAAUCGGCUACUGAUAUGACUUUACAACUUGCGAUUUUAACUGCUCAACGAAACCCUAUAGACACGUAUGUUAACCGAUGAUGUUUUGCUAUCACGUCCCUGAAAAAGGUCACGACACUCAUACCUACACACUCCCUUUGUCUGACGGCCAUUGGUUGAUCAUUAAUUAGUCAGAGCGAUCCAGCCAUCAAUCCAACAACCCGACCCAAUCACUGCCUGCCGCGCCCACUCACCAAUGACCGCUUAAUUACCCACGGGAGAGCCCAUCACUUGCUUCCUGAAGGGUUGAGUGGUGAUGGUGGUGGUGGUGGAGGUGGUGGUGGCAGUGUUAGUGGUGAAGCGGAAAUUAAAAACGAUGUGAUUUUUUUUCCACUAAAGAACGAGUGACAUUUAAUUGGUAUUUCUGGGUUGUUUCAGGUGUGUGUGUGUGUGUGUGUGUGUGUGUGUGUGUGUGUGUGUGUGUGUGUGUGUGUGUGUGUGUGUGUGUGUGUGUGUGACAAAUUGUUUUCAGCUAAGUAGAUCGCUCUGAGGCAUGAGAUACACAAGAUGGCACAAAGAAAACA